GAACUGAAAGAGAAGAAGCUCCAGGAGGAGAAGGAGAACGGCAAAGAUGCUGCCACCAACGGAAAGGAGAACGAGGAGAACGGCGAGCCCGAGGUAGACGAUGAAGACGACGAUGAAGUGGACGAGGAGGACGAGGAAGACGAGGGAGAAGGCGACGAGGAAGACGAGGAGGACGACGACGACGAGAUCGAGGGUGGCACAAAACGGGCGGCUGAGGACGACGAUGACGACGACGAGGACGACGUCGAAACCAAGAAGCAGAAAACCGACGAAGACGAUUGAUUGCGUUCCUCACCGCCGCGCCAUCCUGCUGAACCCACUUCCUGAUUCUUCACCUCUGACUGUUUUGAUAUGUCACAGGUGGGGGGGCUGGAGGACUGAUUUAAAAAAGGAAAAAAAAUAUAAUAAAUGAAAAAAAAAAUCCAACAUGGUCAUUAGCAAGUAGAGUUCAACAAAACAUCUACCACACACACACACACACACACACACACACACACACACACACACACACACACACACACACACACACACACACACACACCAGAUCUCCCCUCAAAACAAAUUUUUCUAGAGGAAACGACGCCAACACACACCGACGCAGAAAUCCGGCUUCUCUUCAACGACAACAACACGAAAGGAGAAUUUGUUUGUAUUUUUAUUUACAUUUUAUAUUUUUGUACAUAUUGUUAGGAGGAGGAGGACGAGGAAGAGGGGGGGUCAGUCUCUCUCUCGGCAGCGAUCUUGUCAGACCAAAUCGGUGCUUCUUUAAACGAAAGGUUUUACUUGGUUGACCAUGUUACGAUAUCUCGACAGGAAAACAAAACGUGUAAAAAAAAACAGUUUUAAAAAAAAGAAUCAAACAUGAAAGACAAAAACCUCUUAAGCCGUUGAACUCAGAGCAUUCCAGUAAAUUUAAUGUAUGUACUUUAGCUGUACCAUAACUCGUUUGUUUGUAUGGGAGGGGAAGGCUAAAGAAAAGAGCCUCUUUUCUUUUUCCUGGUUUCUUUUUUUUCUUUGUUUUUUGUCAGCGACUUUUUGUUUUUAUGACGGCCUGUUUUGAUGUAUGUGCGAAGUUUGUUGUCUGACAAUAAACCGGACUUUAUUUUGUGAGUUGUA